UGUGCCUGCCUCCAUCCUUUCCCUUCAGACAGUGCUGUGGUGCAGGAGGGAGAGACACAGGGAGCGCUAGGGAGAGCGGCUGCUGGAAAACCUCUGGAACAGGAAGACACUGCAAUCCCUCAGCCUUCUUUCCCUCCCUCCCUCUGUGGCUUCUCUGCCUGUACCUUCUCCUCCGAGCUUCCCUCCUGUUCUCCCUGCCGCUUGCUGUGACCAGGCACAGUGGAUGUGAGAUGGGUUGUGGCAACUCCUCGGCCACCAGCACCUCUGGAGGAGGUCCAGCCGACGCUUCGAAAGACGUGACAGAGGAGGCUUCGCCAGACGAUGAGAAACGAAGGAACUACGGCGGUGUGUAUGUGGGUCUACCUGCCGACCUGACCAGCGUCGCUGCCAGCCAGUCCAAGACAACGCACAAAGACUAACAAAAGUGGUGACAAACAAGACCCUUACUGUAUGUACCAACAGGCAAUGUUUUUUUAGGCUGCUCCAUGUGAUCCUAGGACGGAGGAGCUUUCUUACAGACAGAUAAAAUGUCUGUAUUCAGGCUGUAGCCCGCUGGGUCAUGAGGACAAUGGCCUGUCAACACAUACAUAAACUACAGGGCUUCAGUUACACAAUACGGGCGCAGCUAAAUACUAUGUGACAGACCCAACCACGGCCGAGCCCAGCACUCUAUCACACGCUGUACACUGAGAGACACAAUAAAGGACACGGCAUUACCUGUCUAUUCUGGGAGACAUCAGGAUGUUUGUGAGCACAGAAAACGACCCUUUGGGAUCUCAGUCUCAACCGUGAGGAGUAAAGACCCGACCAACCAUCAGGUGUUUGCAGUAGAUGACGUCAAGAUGGGCUUGAGGAAAGCCAGAGCAGAUUGUCUCUAAUCUACACGGAGACGCACAGGGCAGACUCAUCUCUCUCAAUGACCAGGGAACCAGACCCAGUGCAUGCAGAUGGAACAUCAGCCUUGGAGGCUUUUUCACUCAGGAUCACAUGUCACAUGACAGAGGUGAAGGAACACAAAAUCAAUUAUUGACCUACAGGAUCUGAAGUGACGGUACAUGUAUUUUUUGUCCUAAAAUCCAUGUCCAGUUAAAUGGCUCUGUGAAAUGUUGUUUCAUUAUCUACCCUUUAUGCAACCAAAGAUCAAACAAGGGAAACAUGUAGUCCCAACGAUGGAUAGUGAUGAGGACACGCCUCGUUUUAAUUGGUUACCCACGGCCUCUGGGCCACCGUUAGGAACAGCACCCUGCUGAGUGGUGUAGGUGGAAAAACACACACACAAAAGGUGAUGAAAAAUUGGUUAUCAUAUAGUGUCCCUAUAAUAUAAAAGGACCCAAUACAAGAUUGCAGUCAUUGACUGGUGACCAUGUUCCUGCCAUAAUACUGUAUUUAAUGUUAAUGCUUCUAUGUUUAAUUUUUUUUUCCUAAAAAUGAGUCCAUGCUAAACCUGUAUUUCAGUGAGAACUGACUAAACUGAAGUCUAGUCUGUGGAAAUGGGGCAAGGUAACGCAUUCUGUACGUCAGUAGUUGCUACUGAUGGUGCCUCCAUUUAUUUUCUUUUAUUUAUUAAUUUGAAGUUUUAUUUUUAUGAUGAUUCACUGUCUACUGUAUGUGUGUGUACAUUGACAACGAACUGACGUCACACAGUUGCCAUCUGCUACGCUAAAAUGCCUUAUCGAUAUUUUUAUAGCACUAAGCUGUACAGCAUUUUGAAUUUUGUAAAUAUUUUCUCCAAACCUCAACCCCAUAACUAACAGGGUAUACACAGAAACACAGAGAUUUAUUAUUUUAGAUGAUAUCCUGGAUUUAAAAAUGAAGUGCAACACUUUGGCACUAACUUAUACUAUUAGUGGAAACUAAGUGAAAAACAAGCGAAAUACCCCUGUAACCCAAGGUGGUGUUGUCACUAAAGGCUUUUCACAUGUGGCAUCUGAGUUCUAGACACACAUGACAUUCUGAGCCACAGUUCCCAGCAUGCAAACACACCACUCAGAAUCGCUUAAUUCCAGUGAGCUCUAAGCUCACUGAAGGCAGAUUCCUUGUUGUUUAUACUCACUUAUUGGCUUUGUAUUUACGUACUAUUCUAAUACUUUAAACUCUGCUUUAAAGUCAAGAUAUAGUUAAUUCAACACUUUCCCUGGGGCCAUUCUACAAUGCUUGUGAACUUUUUCCCGAAGAGUUCAAUUUACAUAUUACAUUUGCAUUUACAUUUAUUCAUUUGGCAGACACUUUUAUCC